AUGUUGUACGAGACAAUUGGCAUUGUUCGCCCGAACAGUAUCCACGAGGUCAAAGAACUCGUCCUCGCGGCCGGCCAAACCAUCCUCCGCCAGGGCGGCGUAAUCCGCGACGUCGCGAACUGGGGCAUCUUCCACCUGCCACGCACCGUCUCUCUACACCAGACCCGCUACUCGAAGGGCCACUACUUUGUUCUGCGCUACGACGCCAGCGUGGCUACCCACCAGGCCGUCACCAGCACGCUACGGCUCGACCCGCGGGUGAUUCGCUCCGGUGGGGUGAAGUUGGGGGAUGGGAAGCUCGCGACGUUGAGCAAAUUUGGGAGGAUUAAGUGGGAUGAGAUGGAGUGA